UUUUGUAAUAUGUUUCUAAAUUUAUAAAACAACUUGCAAUAUGUUUCGAAAGUCAACAACACAACUUUUCUAUAUCAGAAGAACAACAAAUGAGAAGGAGUCACAUGCAACUAACCAUAUAUUCAUCUUUAUUUAUUCCUCGUAGAACGACACCAACACUCUCUUUCUUCUCCUAAAAUCUGAUUUACAUCUUCAACUGUGUGUUUGAAAGAACCAUACUCUUCAAACUACCAACUUUCAUCCUCUCCAGAAACUGAUUUUCUUAGAUCAGCUCAGUGCAACACAAUCUGAAACCCUGUAAAAGACUCAGAUGCAUUAAGUCAGAACUGUCAAAUUCAUACAAGGAGAAAAAGGACUAAUCGUAGUAAUAAGCAAACAAUUAAGACGAAAACGACCAUUAUCAAGGGACCAUGGAUCCAAUUGUCUCUACAGCUACAGAAAGUGCACUUAAUAUUACAGUAAGUGUGGUCAAACGACAAGUGGGUUACUUUUUUAAUUACAAAGACAAAUUUAAAGAGUUGGAAUCUUACAUUGAGAAGUUGGAACAUAACAAGGAGAGACUACAACAUCAAGUUGAUAGUGCACUAAGGAGUGGAGAAGAAAUUGAAAAUGACGUUCAACAUUGCUUAGCGCUCAUUGAUGAGAAGAUAAAAGAAUAUAAAAGUUAUAUUAAUGAUGAAUGUCAUGCAAAGACAAUUUGCUCAAUUGGUUUCUUUCCAAAUAAUUUCCGACUGAGGUAUCAACUGGGUAGAAAGGCUACAAAGAUAGUUGAGGAAAUCAUAGGAGAUGAGCUUUGGAAAACUUCUUUUGACAAUGUUUCGUACCAAGAAUUUCCAUCCAUUGAUGCUACUUUUUCAAACAAUGGUUAUGAAAGUUUUGCAUCAAGAAAUAAAACUAUGGAGAUGAUCAUGAAAGCACUGCAAGACUCUAGAGUUGGUAUGAUUGGAGUUUAUGGGCCUGGUGGUGUGGGUAAGACCACUUUAGUCAAAGAAAUUGCAAAGAAAGCUCGAGAAAAGAAGUUGUUCAAGAUAGUCAUCAUAGCAAAUAUUACAGAAAAUCCUGACUUCAAAAAAAUUCAAGAGCAAAUUGCUGGCAUACUAGGAAUGAAAUUGGAAGGGGAAAGUGAGAUUGCAAUAAUAGAUCGUAUUCGAAAGAGGUUAAAGAAUGAAAAGCAGAACACCCUUAUUAUCCUUGAUGAUCUUUGGGGUGGAUUGGACUUUAAUAAACUUGGGAUUCCAUGUAAUAAUGAUGCAAGCCAACAAGAAGUCAAUGACAUGUCUGAUUUUGGUUCCAACAAUGACAUAUCUGAUUUUGGUUAUAAUAAGACAAAAAUGAAAGAGUUGUCAAAAGUUGAUUUGGAUAAGAUGAAAAGGGAAAAGUUGUCUAACGAUUAUAGAGGAGGCAAAAUUCUUCUAACAUCUAGAUAUAAACAAGUAUUAUGUAAUGAAAUGGAUGUGCAAGAAAGCUCAAUUUUUCCGGUAGGAGUCCUUGAUGAAAAGGAAUCGGAGACUUUGCUUAAGAAAGUUGCUGGCGUGAAAAAUUCUGAGUUUGAUAGGAAUGCUAUUGAAAUUGCCAAAUGGAGCGCUGGGUUUCCAAUAGCCUUAGUUUCCAUAGGAAGGACACUAAAGAAUAAAAGCUUAUCCACAUGGGAAGAUGUCUGUCAACAAAUUAAAAGACAAAAUUUUACAUCAGAAUGGGGAUUUACUGACUUCUCGAUAAAGUUGAGCUAUGAUCAUCUAAAAAAUGAGGAGCUUAAGUGUAUUUUCUUACAGUGUGCAAGAAUGGGAAAUGAUGCUUUGAUUAUGGACUUGGUGAAAUUCUGUGUUGGUUUGAAGUUACUUCCAGGCGUCCACACAUUUACAGAUGCGAAGAGAAGAAUAAAGGAGAUGAUACAAGAGCUAGAAGAAUGGAGUUUGUUGGUGAAAAGUUAUUCUAUUGACCGCUUCAACAUGCAUGACAUUGUGCGAGAUGUUGCUCUUUCAAUAUCAUCCAAGGAAAAACAUGUGCUUUAUAUGAAAAAUGCAAUACUUGAUGAGUGGCCUCACGAAAAUGACUUUGAAAGGUACUCUGCCAUUUUUGUACACUUCUGUGACAUCAAUGAUGAGCUUCCUGAGAGUAUACAUUGUCCUCGACUUGAAGUCUUACAUAUUGACAAUAAAAAUGAAUCUUUUGAAAUACCAGAUGAAUUUUUUAAAUCUAUGGUUCGACUCAGAGUGUUGAUACUGACUGGUAUUAAUUUAUCUUGCUUACCUUCAUCAAUUAAAUGCCUAAAAAAGUUGAGAAUGCUUUGUUUGGAGCAAUGCACUUUAGGAGAGAACCUAUCAAUCAUUGGUGAGUUGAAGAAUUUAAGAAUCCUUACUUUUUCAGGAUCUAAUAUAGAAAAUUUGCCUCUUGAACUUGGGCAAUUGGAUAAGCUUCAAUUUCUUGACAUAAGCAAUUGCCUAAAACUAAGACAAAUAACUUCCAAUAUCAUACCGAGGAUGGCCAUUUUAGAGGAGUUUUAUAUCAGAGACAACUUGAUUAUAUGGGAGGCUGAAGAGAAUAUGAAAAGUGAAAGUGCUAGUCUCUCUGAGUUGAGGCGCUUGAAUCAAUUACAAAAUCUUGACAUACACAUCCACAGUUCUUCACAUUUUCCGCAGAAUUUGUUUUUUGACAGGUUGAAUAGUUACAAGAUUGUCAUUGGUGAAUUCAACUUGUUUAACUUGCUUAAAGUGGGAGAAUUCAAAGUCCCUGACAAGUAUGAGGAGGUGAAAUUUUUGGCAUUAAACCUGAAAGAAGGUAUCGAUAUUCAUUCUGAAAAAUGGAUUAAAAUGUUGUUCAAAAGUGUUGAAUGUUUGUUGUUGGGAGAACUCAAUGAUGUUGAAGAUAUUUUCUAUGAAUUAAAUGUUGAAGGAUUUCCAAAUUUGAAACAUUUAUCCAUUGUAAACAAUUUUGGCAUUAAGUAUAUUAUCAAUCCAAGGGAGCGGUUUCACUCUUUAGUCGCUUUUCCAAAAUUAGAGUCCAUGUGGCUUUACAAAUUGGAUAAUUUGGAAAUAAUAUGUGACAAUCAGCUUGUAGAGACCUCUUUCCGCAAUUUAAAGGUCAUCAAGAUUCAAACAUGCAUUAAAUUGGUAAACCUUUUCCUAUUUUGCAUGGUUAGACUCCUCACUAAGCUUGAAACAAUGCAAGUGUGUGACUGUGAUUCUUUGAAGGAGAUAGUUUCAAAAGAAAGACAAACUCAAACUAUGAGUGAUGAGAUGAUUGAGUUUCCCAAGUUACGACAAUUAACAUUAAAGUCUUUACCAACAUUUAUUUGUUUAUAUGUCGUUGAUGAGAUGCUUGGUAGUGUACCAUUGCUGCAAGGCCACGAGAACACAAAUAUUGUUACUAACGCUGAGCAUGGGGUCACCAAUUCUUGCCUUCCACUCUUCAAUGAAAAGGUUUCAAUCCCCAAAUUAGAAUCUUUGGAGUUAUCCUCAAUCAACAUCCAAAAGAUAUGGAGUGACCAAUAUGACCAUUGUUUUGAAAAUUUGCUCACAUUGAAUGUGACCGAUUGCGGUAAUUUAAAGUAUUUACUAUCAUUCUCUAUUGCUGAAAGUUUGGUGAAUCUUGAAAGCAUUUUUGUAAGUGAAUGUGAAAUGAUGGAAGAUAUAUUUCGUCCGGAAGAUGCAGAGUAUAUUGAUGUUUUUCCUAAGUUGAAGAAAAUGGAGAUUAUCUGCAUGGAGAAACUCUGUACAAUUUGGAAAUCUGAUAUUGGUUUACAUUCCUUUAGCAAUUUGAACUCUUUGAUGAUAAGAGAGUGCCAUAAACUUGUUACAAUUUUUCCUAAUUAUAUGGGGCAAAGAUUGCAAAGCCUUCAAAGCUUGACAGUUAAAGAUUGCGAAUUGGUUGAAAACAUAUUUGAUUUUGCAAAUAUUCCGCACACUUGUGAUAUUAUUGAAGCAAAUUUGGGUAAUAUAUUUCUAGAAAACCUGCCAAAUUUGGUGAACGUAUGGAAGGGUGACACUGGUGAAAUACUCAAAUGUAAUAAUUUGCAAAGCAUAAGAGUUGAUGUGAGUCCAAAAUUGAAAUAUCUCUUUCCAGUUUCUAUUGCCAAUGACCUACAGAAACUAGAAGUCCUUGAGAUAUGGGAUUGUUGGGCAAUGACAGAGAUUAUUGCUUUGGACAAACAUUCAAGUGCAACUGCUAUCACCUUUAAAUUUCCUCAUCUAAACACUCUAUCAUUAAUAGACUUGCAUGAAUUGAGGAGUUUCUACUCAGGAAUUCAUACUUUAGAGUGGCCACCAUUAAAGAAAUUGAAAAUAGUCGACUGUAGCAUGCUCAAAGGAUUGACUUCAGAAAUCACAAAUUCAUCAGAACAACCAAUUGUUUUAGCAACAAAAAAGGCAAUAUAUAAUUUGGAAUACAUGUCGGUGAGCUUGAAGGAAGCAGAGUGGUUGCAAAAAUACAUUGUUAAUGUUCACAGAAUGCACAAACUAGAAGAACUUAAUUUGUACCGGUUGAAGAAUAAUGAAGUUCUCUUUUGGUUUCUUCACAGACUUCCCAAUUUGAAAAGUUUAACAUUGGGACUUUGUCACAUGAAAAGAAUUUGUACUCGUGAAAGUCUUAGUUCACCUGAAAAAAUAGGUGGUGUUAUGCAACUUAAAGAGUUAAAAUUACGUAGCAUGUGGUUUCUAGAGGAGAUUGGUUUUGAGCAUGAUGUGCUUCUUCAAAGGGUAGAACGCUUAAUCAUCAGUGGAUGCAAAAAAUUGAGAAAUCUAGCAUCAUCCUCGGUAUCUUUUAGUUACUUAACAUCCUUAGAAGUGGUGAACUGUAUGAUGAGGAAUUUAAUGACACUCUCAACUGCUAAAACUUUAAAUCAACUCACAACGAUGAAGGUAAGUUCAUGUCCAUUAAUUGUGGAAAUUGUUGCAGAAAAUGAAGAGGAAAAAGUACUAGAGGUUGAGUUUAAACAAUUAAAAUCAUUAGAAUUGGUGUCUCUACAAAAUCUCACAAAUUUCUCUAAUGUUGAGAAGUGCGACUUAAAAUUCCCACUACUAGAAAAAUUAGUAGUAAGUGAAUGCCCUCAAAUGAAAAAGUUAUCUGAAGUCCAAAGUGCUCCAAAGCUACAAAAAGUACAUGUUGAACCAGGAGAAAAAGACAAAUGGUAUUGGGAAGGUGAUUUGAAUGCCACUCUACAAACACAUUUCACAAACCAGGUUUCUUUUGAAUAUUCAAAGGAUAUAAAUCUUGUUGAUUAUCCCGAGAGGAAAGAUCGACGUGGUAAAUUUGCUUUUCCGGACAAUUUCUUUGGUUGUUUGAAGAAAUUGGAAUUUGGUGAAGCAUGUAAAAGAAAUACUUUGAUUCCCUCUCAUGUACUGCCUUACUUGAAGAACUUAGAAGAAUUGAAUGUGGAGAAAUGUGAAUCAGCACAACUAAUAUUUGACAUAGAUGAGAGUGAAAUCCAGACCUAUGGAAUGGUGUUUCGUUUGAAAAACCUUACUUUAAAACACUUGUCAAAUUUAAAAUGUGUAUGGAAGGAAAAUCUCGAAGGAAUUUUCAGCUUUUCCAAUUUGAAAAGAGUGGAUGUUGAUGGUUGUGGAAGCCUAGUAACAUUGUUCCCUUUAUCACUCGCCAAAAAUCUUGGGAAGUUGGAGACACUUUAUAUAAAGGAAUGUGAGAAAAUGGUAGAAAUAGUUGGAAAGGAAGAUGAAAUGGAGUAUGGAAUGACAUUAAUGUUAGAAUUUCCUCGUUUAACCAUGUUAUAUCUUUGGAAUAUGCCACUUUUGAGUUGCUUUUACCCUGGAAAGCAUCAUCUAGAAUGUCCCUUGUUAAAUAAAUUAAAUGUGGAAUGUUGUCCUAUGCUGAAGCUAUUCAGAUCAAACUUUGAUGAUGAUAGUAAAAGAGAAGUUUUAGAGGCUCCAAUAAGCUUGCUACGACAACCUUUGUUCUCGAUUCAAAAGGUUUCUCGCAAACUGGAGGAACUGACACUCAAUGAGGAAAACAUUAAGCUAAUGAGUGAUGCUCGUUUGCCAGAAGACCUUCUUUGUGAAUUAAAAUAUCUUAUACUAUCCUUUGAGGAUGAUAACAAUGAGAAAAAUAGUUUGCCUUUUGAUUUCUUUCACAAGCUACCCAAUUUAGAAUGGCUUACGGUACACAAAUGCUUUGGUCUGAAGGAGAUAUUUUCCUCUGAAAAGCUUCAAGUUCACGACAAAGUACUUGCAGGAUUGAAACGAUUAUGUUUGUUCGAAUUAAAGGAGUUAGAGUGUAUAGGUUUAGAGCACACGUGGGUACAGCCAUACACUGAAAAACUUGAAUUCUUAUAUCUUUACGAGUGCCCUCUGGUAGAAAGAAUAGUUUCUUGUGCAGUGUCAUUCAUCAAUCUUAAGUAUUUAUUAGUGAUGCACUGCGAAAGGAUGGAGUAUUUAUUCACAUUUGGUACACUCAAAAGUUUGAUGAAACUUGAGAUCUUAAUCAUAGAUAAUUGUGGAUCAAUCAAAGAAAUUGCAAGAAAUGAAGAGGAAGAUGGUUGUGAUGAGAUAAUAUUGGGACGACUCAGAUCAAUUGAGCUAAAACACUUACCGAAGCUAAUAAGCUUUUAUUCAGGAAAUGCCACCUUGCAAUGCCCAUGUUUACAAAAUGUGAUGGUAACUGAAUGUCCCAAUAUGAUAACUUUCUCUGAAGGAGUCAUAAAACUAGCAAUGUUUUCGGGAAUUCAAACAUCCGAAGAUUCUGAUUUCACUUUCGACGUCGAUCUCAACACAACUGUCGAAAGCUUAUUUCAUUGGGAGUUUUUCAACCGUUCAAAGCACAUGAUUCUUGAUGAAUAUCUUGAGAUGACGGGAGUUCAGCACAUAAAACCUGCUAUUUCAGACAAUUUCUUUGGUAGUUUCAAGGAAUUAGAAUUUGAUGCAGCAUGCAAAAGAGCUAUCGUAAUUCCAUUUCAUGUACUCCCUUACAUGAAGAACUUAGAAAAGUUGAAUGUGCAUAGUUCUGAUGCAGUCGAGGUAAUAUUUGACAUUGAUGAGAGUGAGGACAAGACAAAGGGAAUAGUCUCUAGUUUGAAAAAACUUACUUUAAACAACUUGUCAAAUUUGAAACAUGUAUGGAAGGAAAAUUCCACAGGAAUUAUCAGCUUUCAUAAUUUGCAAGAAGUGGUUGUUAAUGGUUGUGGAAGUUUGAUAGCAUUGUUCUCUUCAUCCCUAGCAAGAAAUCUCGGGAAACUUAAGAAGCUUCAAAUAAUCGAUUGUGGAAAACUGUUAGAAAUAGCUGAAAAGGAAGAUGGAAUGGAACAUGGAACCAAAAUAAUGUUUGAACUCCCUUGUUUGUCGUGGCUAUUUCUUGUAAACAUGCCACUCUUGAGUUGCUUUUAUCCUGGAAAGCAUGAUCUGGAUUGUCCGUUAUUAGAAACCUUAUUUGUGAGCUAUUGUCCUAAAUUGAAGCUAUUCACAUCAGACUUUGAUGAAAAUCAGAAAGGAGCUAUAGGGGCUCAAAUUAGCCCACUGCAACAACCUAUGUUUUCAGUUGAAAAGGUUUCUCCCAACAUAAAGCUUUUGGCACUCAAUGAAGAAAACAUUAUGUUAUUUAGAGAAGUACAGUUGCUACAACACAUUCUUUGCAAUAUAGUUUUUCUUUUUUUGUGCUUUGAGGAUGAUAACAACGAGAAAGAUAGUUUGCCUUUUGACUUCUUCCACAAGCUACCCAAUUUAUCCAGUCUUCUAAUACAGAAAUGCUUUGGUUUGAAGGAGAUAUUUCCCUCUCAAAAACUUCAAGUUCACGAUGGAGGACUUGCGGGAUUGAAACAAUUAGACUUGAUAGAUCUAAAAGAGUUAGAGUUGGUGGGCUUAGAACACCUUUGGGUACAACCGUACUCUGAAAAGCUUGAACUGUUAAAGCUUGAGAAGUGCCCUCAGUUACAAAAAUUAGUUCAUUGUGCAGUGUCUUUCAUCAAUCUUAUAGAACUGCGAGUGGAACUCUGUGAAAGGAUGGAGUAUUUAUUCACAUUUGCAACAGUUCAAAGUUUGGUGAAACUUGAGACCCUAAUCAUAAAUAGUUGUGAGUCAAUCAAAGAAAUUAUUAAAGAUGAAAAUGAAGAUGGUUGUGCUGAGAUGGUAUUUGGACGACUCAAAUCAAUCGAGCUGGAAUCAUUGCCAAGACUUGUAAGGUUUUAUUCAGGGAAGGCCACUCUGCAAUGCUCGUAUUUAAAAAUCGUCAUGGUAGUUAAAUGUCCCAGUAUGAUAACUUUUUCUGAAGGAGUCAUCAAAGUGCCAAUGCUUUCAGGAAUUCAAACAUCUAAGGAUUCUGAUUUAACCUUCCAUGACGAUCUCAAUACAACUAUCGAGAAAUUGUUUCACCAAGAGGAAUUUAUGGAGUAUUCAAAGCGAAUGAUUCUUGAUGAAUAUCUUGAGAUGACAGGAGUUCAGCACAUAAAACCUGCUAUUUCAGACAAUUUCUUUGGUAGUUUCAAGAAAUUGGAAUUUGAUGCAACAUGCAAUAGAACUAUUUUAAUUCCAUCUCAUGUACUUCCUUACUUGAAGAACUUAGAAGAAUUGAAUGUGAAAGAAUCCGAUGCAAUGCAAAUAAUAUUCGACAUUGACGAGAGUGAGGUCAAGACGAAGGGAGUAGUGUUUGGCUUGAAAAAAAUUACUUUAAAGAACUUGUCAAAUUUGAAACAUGUAUGGAAGGAAACUUCCUCAGGAAUUCUCAGCUUUCAUAAUUUGCAAGAAGUGGAGGUUGACGAUUGUGGAAGCCUAGUAACAUUGUUCCCUUUAUCACUUGCCAAAAAUCUUGGGAAGUUGGAGAGACUUGAUAUACGGAAGUGUGAGAAAAUGGUAGAAAUAGUUGGAAGGGAAGAUGAAAUGGAACAUGGAACGACAAUAAUGUUUGAAUUCCCUUGUUUGUCAUAUCUAAAUCUUGAAAACAUGCCAUUGUUGAGUGGCUUUUACCCUGGAAAGCAUAAUCUAGAAUGUCUCUUGUUAGAUAAGUUAUAUGUGGAAUGUUGUCCUAAGCUGAAGGUAUUCCGAUCAAGCUUUGAUGAUGAUAAUAAAAAAGAAGCUUUAGAGACUCCAACUAACUUACUACAACAACCUUUGUUCUCGAUUGAAAAGGUUUCUCCCAAACCGGUGGGAUUGACACUCAAUGAGGAAAACAUUAAGCUAAUGAGUGAUGCUCGUUUGACAGAAGACCUUCUUUGUGAAUUAAAAUAUCUUAUACUAUCCUUUGAGGAUGAUAACAAUGGGAAAGAUAGUUUGCCUUUUGAUUUCUUUCACAAGCUACCCAAUUUAGAAUCUCUUACAGUACAAAAAUUCUCUGGUCUGAAGGAGAUAUUUCCCUCUCAAAAGCUUCAAGUUCACGACAAAGUACUUGCUGGAUUGAAACGUUUAUUUCUGUUCGAAUUAAGUGAGUUAGAGUGUGUAGGUUUAGAGCACGCGUGGGUACUACCAUACUCCAAAAAACUUGAAUUUUUAAGCCUUCGCACUUGCCCUCGAGUAGAAAGCAUGGUUUCUUGUGCAGUGUCAUUCAUCAAUCUUAAAGAAUUAUAUGUGAAGCUCUGUGAAAAGAUGGAAUAUUUAUUCACAUUUGCAACACUCAAAAGUUUGGUGAAACUUGAGACUCUAAGCAUAAAGAAGUGUGAAUCAAUCAAAGAAAUUGUGAAAAAGGAGGAUAAAGAUGGUUGUGAUGAGAUAGUAUUUGUACGGCUCAGAUCAAUUAAGCUGAAUUCGUUACCAAAGCUAGUAAGCUUUUAUCCAGGGAAUGCCACUUUGCAAUGCUCAUAUUUGAAAAACGUGAUGGUAGCUGAAUGUCCCAAUAUGAUAACUUUCUCUCAAGGAGUCAUUAAAGUGCCAAACUUUUUGAAGAUUCAAACAUCAAAAGAUUCUGAUUCAACAUUUCACGAUGAUCUUAACACAAUGAUCCAAAAGUUGUUUCACAAUCAGGUAAUCCAUCAGUCAUGAUGACAGUAAUGAGCGUUUGGAGUUCUUCUUCCUGUACCAUUUGGUAAUCCAUGAGUCAUGAUGACAGUAAUGAGCGUUUGGAGUUCUUCUUCCUCUACCAUUUGGUAAGUAUAUUUGUAUUCCUGCAUGUCAACCAACCUCAAAUUCCUUCAUUUAAAAUCUUAAUAGUGUUUGAUAUUUCCCUUCUUCAUAUUUAUAUACAACACUAGAAAAUGAAAUUAAUGACUAAAUAAAACAGAAUAAAAAGAUUAGUCGCAUUCAACGAUUCACAAAGUUCAAAAUUCUCAAUGUUAUAUUUUCAAUAAUAUAUUGCAAAGAUACAAUCGCAUGUUAUAUGCCCAAGUUGGAGAGCACUUACCAAUUAAUGCCACACCCAAAAUUAUAUAUUUUCUUUCGUUGUAUACAUAAAUUUGAAAAGAGUAGUAUAUAUUUUUAGGUAUAACUGUACUCUUAAUUCUAUUAUUAUGAU